UUCAUAUUAUAUCAUAAUAUCUAUGUGGGAAAAAAUGGAUGCUGCAGUGAUAGAAGUUCUCCAGCAGGCAGGUAGUCAAGAUCCUAAUGUUUUAAAACCAGCAGAGCAAACUUUAAAGGAAUGGGAAACUCAGAGAGGAUUUUACACUGCUCUAUAUAAUGUAUUUUCAAAUCAUUCCUUGGCUGUUAAUAUUAGAUGGAUGGCUGUUUUGUACUUUAAAAAUGGCGUCGAUAAAUAUUGGAGAAAAAAUGCACCGAAUGGAAUAGAAGAAGAUGAGAAAGAAUUUCUACGUCAACGUUUAAUAAGUAAUUUUGAAGAACCUGUAAAUCAAUUAGCACUUCAAUUAGCAGUUCUCAUUGCUAAGAUAGCAAGAUAUGAUUGUCCCAGAGAAUGGGACGUAUUAAUUCCAACACUUUUGGAAGUAAUAAGAGGUCAAAAUUCUAUAGCACAGCAUCGAGCGCUUCUUACAAUGCAUCAUGUUGUCAAAGCUUUAGCUUCAAAACGUUUAUCAGGAGAUGUAAGACUCUUUGAAAACUUAACCCACAAUGUGGUCACUUUUAUUCUUAAUACAUGGAAUACAUACACUGAAUCAUUUCUUAUAAUGGCAUCGAAUGGAGUAGAUGCAAAUCAGAUACAAGAACCCUUAGAGAAAGCAUUAUUGUUAUUAAAAAUACUUCGUAAACUUAUCGUCUAUGGAUUUCAUAAGCCAUCUCUAUCUGAAAAUGUCAUGCGAUUUUUAGAAGUAAUAUUUGAACGAGCUCAUACAUGUCUUGAAUGGCGUAAAACAUUAGUUUCGAAAGGUAUACAAAUGGAGGUUUGUGAUAAAUUCAUAAUUCAUUUGACCAAAGUGUUAUUAGAAGUAUUAGAAAUGCAUCCACUUUGUUAUGUCGAAUUGAUACCAACAUCUUUAGAAUUCUCAGUUUUUUAUUGUUUCACGGAAGCUGGUCAAGCAUUAGCCUUUGAAAGAUUUAUCAUACAAUGUUUAAAUUUAAUGAAAAGUAUUUUAUUAUCAGUUUGGUAUAGACCGGCCAAAGGAAUUGGAGAAUCUAAAGAUCCAUUGACAGUGAGAGCCUAUCAAUUAAGGCAGGAAUUUUUUACGCAUCAAACUUUAACCGAAAUUUGUUCGAGACUUGUCACUCAUUACUUCCUUCUAACACCUGCAGACUUGGAAUUGUGGGAUACUGAUCCUGAAAACUUAGCUGUGGAUGAUGGAGGUGAACCAUGGAAGUAUAAUUUAAGAGCUUGUACUCAACUUGUAUUCUUGGCUAUUUUCCAUCAAUUUAAAGAUGUUCUUGCAUCAGUACUGGUUGACUUGAUACAAAAACAUCAUCAACCUGUUGAACCCAGUGAUCUACAUGCAAUUUUACUGAAAGAUGCUGUCUAUAAUGCAGUUGGCCUGGCAGCUUUUGACUUAUAUGACGAAGUAAAUUUUGAUCAAUGGUUUUCAACGACAUUAAAGGAAGAAUUAAAAGUUAAAAGUAAUAAUUAUAGAAUUAUUAGAAGACGUGUAUGUUGGCUUAUCGGUCGAUGGGCAGGUGUAAAAUUAAGUACUAAGUUGAGACCAGAAUUUUACCAACUUAUGAUAGAAGCUUUGAGCCCGGAAGAAGAUUUGGGCGUUCGUUUGGCAGCUAUUGAUGCCUUAAAACUUGCAAUAGAUGACUUUCAAUUUCAUACAGCAGAAUUUACACCUUAUUUGGAAUCUACAUUUUCCUUGUUAUUCACUUUGCUAAAAGAAGUUACCGAAUCUGAUACCAAAAUGCACGUUCUAUUUGUAUUAUCAUGUAUGAUUGAGCGUGUGGGAUAUGAUAUAAAACCAUACGUCGGUGCUCUGACUUCAUAUUUAUCAACGCUAUGGCAACAAUCUGAAAAUCAUCAUAUGUUAAGGUGUGCUAUAGUAACGACCCUGGUUCAUUUGGAAAAGUCGAUAGGUUCGGACAGUAGUAUCUUGCAACCAUUGGUAGUACGUGUCGUAGAUUUAAGCUGUGACGUAACACAAGAAGGACAUGUUUAUUUGUUAGAAGAUGGUUUAGAAUUAUGGUUAGCUCUUUUGGAGAAUGCGUCAGAACCAACACCAGAAAUAAUGGAUCUUUUCCGAAAUAUGCCUCCUUUAUUAGAAUCAUCAACAGACAAUUUGAGAUUAUGUUUGUACAUACUUCAAGCAUAUGUAUUAUUGAGUCCUCAAGAAUUUCUAUGUCAAAGGGGAACUGUAAUAAUCGAAACAUUGAGAUCACUUUUAGGAGAUUUACGUUGUGAAGGUAUUGUCGUGGCAAUGAGAUUAUUUGAAACAUGUCUUCGAGUUUCUCCCGAGCAAGGUGCAGAAUUGAUCAGACCUCUUUUAAUGAAAAUAUUCGAAAGCGUUUAUAAAGGUGAAGAAUAUCCAAUGGUUAUGACUAUGUGCUUGUCUAUCGUCGCAAGAGUUUUACUUUGUUGUAAAAAUAUUUUUGCGCAGGUAAUCGGUGAAUUAUCAAGAAACAUAGGGGGUGAUGAAACGAAUGAGGAAGCUGUACUAGGACAAAUAGUACACAUUUGGGUCAGCCGAAUGCCUCUCGUUACUCAACCAGAAAGACGCAAAUUAUUAGCUCUUGCACUUUGUUCACUUCUUGAAGCUAACAGUCCACCAAGCGUCCUUCAACACUUUCCAUCUAUUAUAUCUAAUAUAGUCGAAACUCUUAACGAUAUAACGAAAUACGACGAUGCGGGAUGUCCUAUAGAUUCUUUGAUGAUAAGCGAUCCGCCUAGUCCGUCUCAAUAUGAUGAUGUAGAUUAUGACACUCUACAUGGACAAAGAAGAAAGAAACUUGCUUUGAGCGAUCCAGUUCAUAAUCUAUCCUUAAACAAUACACUCCAUAAUCAAUUUAUUAAAUUACGAAGAACGGUAGGGAAUGAUCAAUUCGAUCAUCUGUUAAAUAGCCUUAAUCCUGAUGUCAACGAGGAACUUAAUUUAUGCCUUGGAAUGCAGGAUAUAGCACUAUGAACGAAAAACAAAAUAAAACAACAAAAAAGAAAAUAGGAAAUAGAAAUAAAAAUGUGGUCGACGAAAAUAAAAGAUUAUUCUCUCAAAUGCUACAUAUACAUGAAAACAUGUAAAAAAAAAGCUUUACGAUGCUCUACUGUAAAACGGCACUAUUUUACUGUAUGAUACUACCUGUUUCACUGUAUUAAUAAUGUUGAUAAUAAAAGGACCUAUGUCGCCACUGGAAAAAAUA